CAUAGAAUCCUGACGGCGGGCAAACUUCGGGAAUUAAAACAAUACAUUGUCGCUUAUGAAUACAGUACCACACUAUCUACGGAUGGAUGUACUUUGCAAACGAUAGUGGAUCUUAUUAAUAAUAUUUGCAUUGGUGAAACUCAGUCAUCUUUUUGGUUGUAUAGUAAAUAACUAUACAUAGGCGCUGUUGCCGAGAUGGCAAAUCUUAUAUAUUUGUUGUCAUGAUUGGAAUUCGAUCGAAUGCCCAUUCUCAAGGUUUUGUUGAAUUCGUCGAGAGAUCUUCUCGUUGUCAACAGAAGAAUUGUUCUCAGUUUUCUUUAUGCAAAGCCAUUAGGCUGAAAUUUUCGCCGAAAAAUGGUGUGCAUCAAACCAGUACAAAAUGGUUUGAAAACAUAUCAUGCAAAUUGUUUAGAUGUUGUUCGCGGAAUGAUAAAAUUACUGCUGAUAUUUUUAAAGGAACUUCUGAAAGCUUAUUUUCUGUGUCCUCGGACAUACUUCAUCUUAAUGCAGGUGGAGUGGAUGCCUUUAUACCUCGUAGAAAUGCUUCUGGUCAUGAGACAUCAGAUUUUCGUCUGAAAAUUGUAAAUAACUGUAAAUACCGUCCUGUUCUUAAACCAUCACAGAAAAUCUGUAGUAAUGUUGUCUAUUGUGAGCCUCAUGGUGCAAGAUUUAGUCUUCAAGAACCAGCAGUACUUGUUCUACCGUUGAUUUGUAAUGUCAGUGACAUCAACAGUAUUUCGUGCUUAUCUAGUGAUACAGACAUUGAGGAGGUUCCAGUUUGGAAACCCAUGAAUCCAGAGGAUUUUACCAUUUGUAACAAACACAUAACAAUAUGUACCACUCACUUCAGUUUUACUGCCAUCGCCAACAAACACUAUCCAGAAGCAGCUAAAAUGAUUUAUGCUGAUGUUGGUGGAACUCUUGAGGUUCCCAAUGUUCCUGGUGUUAAAGUUAUCUUUCCUGCUACAGCUAUUAAAUAUGAUAUAAUGGCUACAAUAAAGGUAAUGUAUGCUGAUGGUCCAUACGAUGUCGAUCAUGAGGAUCCAGGUAGCUUUGCUUUGGCAGCACCAGUUAUUAAACUUGGCCCUGCAGGUCACAAGUUUAAUGAAGAUAGCAUUGAAUCAGUUGAGCUUCAACUUCCGCUUCCAAAUGGGAAAGAGAUUGUUGAAAACUUUGGCCGAACUCAUUUGACCAUCUGGCAGUCAACCACUGCUGAACAUAAUGAUCUUGAAUGGGAAUGCCUUCACACAAAAUAUCGGAUUAUCGAAGAUGAAGAUGAUCGUUUGUGUGUACGUUUUCCCGUUGCCCAUUUUACAUUCUUCAGAGUUCUGUGGAACAUCUUAGACUCGGCUCUUCAUGAAGCAAAAAUUGGCGCUUCAUAUUUCUACCCAAAUUUUGAAUUCUGUAUCAGUUUUCAGGCAUUCAUGUCCGCCACUGAUUGUGAUGAAACAUUUGGAUUAUGUUGUCUUUGUUUCAAGAAUGGGGCAUCUGUUCAAAAUGUUGGUAAUUUUCCUGUGUUUGUUGGAAGUAGCGGCCUCAGAAUGGUUAAGAGUGGAUUACUACAAAUAAGAAUUGCAUCGAACUUAUUCGAGGCGAAUAAAGAUUUUGGUGAAGAAGCGUUGGUUCAAAGGGAAGUUUUCACCGGCCGGCCGUUCAAUAAACAGUUUGCUUGCAAGUUUAAACAUCUAAGGAGAAACAGACAAAAUACUAUUGGGAAAAUUUUUGUGGAAAGAGUUCUUGAUGAUAAUACCAUCGAGUCAAUGUUUGAUUUCGUCCUAAUGUUGCCAACAAACGGGGAUACUGCGAUUCAAGAGACUGACGGUAAACGCUCUCUCCCUAGAGCCAAUCAUGUGACUCAUGGGUCAAAUUGGGAAGCUCAGCUAAGUCAAGAAUUAGCGAAUGUAUUGAGCAUUAAAACAGAACAAGAUCUUGGCGAUGACAUUUGGAAGGACGUUGCUCUGGGGCUCGGCUACACUGAACUGGAAAUUGAUCUGAAAUUCAAAGGUGAGGACGAGCCAAUCGCUAAGUUGCUGGACGACUUCAAAAAACGCGGGGGAAACGCGAACGAUUUUAUAUCUGCCAUGUAUAAGGUUGGACGAGAGAGAAAUCUGGAAAACUUUCGGAAUAGAUCUUUAUCGUCUGGCUCAGAGAAUGAAAUAGAAGAUGAUCUGAGGGGUUUUGCUGGUUCAAACUCACCUAGUGGAACUUCUUCAUCAAGCGGAGUGGUUUUGCCUCCUGCGCGUAAUGGCGAUCGGAAACGAAGGCUUCCGCAAUUUCCCGAUGGUCCAAUUCCCACUGACAAACUUGAUCAGCUGGCCGCUCAUCUACACAACAAAUGGAGGAACCUGGGACGAGCCCUAAACCUCGAUGAGGAAGACAUAACAGCCAUUGAUAAAAAUCAUCACGAGGCUAGUGAGAAGGCGUACCAAAUGUUAGUCACGUGGCAAGAAAAAUUUCCCGAAAACAAUUUCGAAAUUCUUCACCAGGCUCUUGGAAAAAUCAACUUGAAUAGGGUUGCUAGAAAGUUGUAUGAUUUAGUUUCAGAGUAGUUGUAUUAAUCUUUUAUAGUCAUAUUUUUUUACUUUUUUAAUGUCUACCUUAGGAAAACUGUAAUAAUUUGUCAUAGUCCGUGAUCUGUGCCUCAAAAAUAUGCUUUAAAAAUGAGUUUCGUUGGACACCUCAAGGAAGGACGAAAAAUUUUCAAAAUAGAUAGAAAGUCACUUGUUUUUUGAUAUUCUUUUUAUUGUCACUUCUAAAAAGUUGCAGUUUUUUAGUAUUUCGCGGUUGAAUUUUAAAUUUCCUCACUCCUAUAAUUUCGAAAAUCGCCAUUUUUUUGUGGCGAACUUCAUGUAGCAUACACAACAUAGCUUCAUUUAAAAUUCAUACAUGAAAAUAGCGCCAAUGUUUUGUUAAUAAACAUUGUUGAGUCAUGCUCAUAAGCCAUGUGCGUAGUUUAGUUUAUCAAUGUAUCCGUUUCCACACGGCUAAGAGCCAAGGAACAGUUAUUCAACUGAUGAAUACUGCUAAAAAUGAAAGAAACGACCAACACCAAAAGUCCUUCUCAGAAGUCAAGACAGCACUUACCUUCAUCUACAAACAUGUAACGAUACUCUUGGGUUCAAACCAUUCAAAGUCGUCAAAGAUGUUUAUAUCUUUAACUAUCGUUUAGUGGUUAACGAUGGACAUGAACUUUUUGUUUCCAAAUACGACCAUUUAGAUCAUAUUAUUCAACUUCUCAUUUUUUUUAUGUUUUUUAUAACUUUUAUUGCUAGUGUUGAAAAUAUAGUGGAAUUAAUUAUUAAAACCUAGAUGUUCGUUGGUAUAGAAA